UUAAUUACUUGUUUGUUUUCCCUUUAAUUCUAAGGCUCUACGUUUGCCAAAGCCAAGCCUGAAAUCCCCUGGACAUCACUAACUCGGAAAGGAAUUGUAAGAGUUGUAUUUUUUCCAUUAUUUAGCCAGUGGUGGAUACAAGUUACCUCCCAGCGUAUUUUUAUGUGGCUCCUGGUGCUCUACGUUAUGCAAGUCAUAGCAGUCGUGUUGUACUUCAUGAUGCCGGUUGUGAACGCAAGUGAAGUCCUGGGACCGAUGUGCCUUAUGCUGCUGAUGGGGACUGUGCACUGUCAGAUCGUGUCCACCCAGAUCAGCAAACCUGCAGGAGCCAAUGGGCUCAGCAGGCGGAGGAGGAAGCUACGCAAAUCUGUGGGUGUCGAUGGGAACUGUUGGUCUUCUCCUGACAAAAACAGUAAAGAAGAGGAGUCUGAAUCUGCAUCUAUUCUUAAUUUAUUUAACAUGCUUUUCCGAAGGAGAAUUAGAAGAAUAAAGUUGGUAGCUGAGAAAGGGACUGAGACAGAAAAUGGUGUGAAUGCUGUGGAUAACAGCAUUAAACACAGACAUGGCAGAUCUGAAUCCAGGCUGUUACACUUCAAAGAGAAAAAUAAACUUUCCGAUGGGGAAAAGAGCCAUCAGGAUGACUGUGCCAACACAGGGGGCGUCUCUGAGGAGCUUUCGAGUGAGGAGGAUGCUGAAGCCAUGGCACAAAGGGUCUUGUUACACCAGAACAUGGAAGGGGCUUCCAGUGACAAUAGCUACGAGGAGGAGAGGAGGCCUCUUCUUUCUCUGCACCAGGCUGUCUCACAGGUCAAGAAAGCCCUGGAAGGUGCCAGAGACUCUGACAGUGUCGUGGAAUCCGAACUGGAAUCCACACUGUCUAUCCAGGACUCGAGGUCCUGCGCCAGCUUGAGGUCCCGGAGCUGCAGCAUGACCCGGCGCGACUCGGAAAGCACUCGCCAUGACUCCGAGACAGAGGACAUGCUCUGGGAUGAUCUGCUGCACGGGCCGGAGUGCCGUUCGUCCUGCACCAGCGACAGCGAGGACACGGCUGUGAGAGGGGCCAGGCGGGAUCUGAAGGACGACGUUUUCCAGCAGAACCAUUUGUUUUGGCUGCAGAAUACAAGUCCAGCGUCUGCCAAAGUGAGCGCGCUGAUCUGGGAGGGGAAUGACUGCAAGAAGGUGGACAUGUCUGUGCUGGAGAUCAGUGGGAUUAUCAUGAGCAGGGUUAAUGCCUACCAGCAAGGAGUGGGGUAUCAGAUGCUGGGAAACAUCAUUACCAUUGGAUUAGCGUCCCUGCCGUUCCUCUACAGACUGUUCCGCGCGGAUAACCUGGAGCAACUCUGCUCCUUCUCUCUAAAGGAGCUUUUGCACAUCUUCUGUGGAGCUCCUGUGAGCACUCCCGUUAUUGUUCUGUCUGUGAUCAACUUCCUUGAAAGACUUUGCUUAACCUGGAUAUUUUUCUUCAUGAUGUGUGUUGCCGAGAGAACGUACAAACAGAGGUUUUUGUUUGCCAAGCUUUUCAGUCACAUUACAUCUGCUCGGAAAGCCAGGAAAUACGAGAUUCCUCACUUCAGACUCAAGAAGGUAGAAAACAUUAAGAUCUGGUUAUCCCUUCGUUCCUAUCUAAAGAGGCGAGGCCCCCAGCGAUCCGUGGACGUUGUCGUGUCGUCCAUUUUUUUAUUGGCUCUUUCAAUUGCUUUUAUAUGCUGUGCCCAGGUUCUUAAGGGUCACAAAACAUUUCUGAAUGCAGCUUACAACUGGGAGUUCCUAAUCUGGGAGGCAGCACUUCUUCUCUUUUUACUGCGUCUGGCAUCUUUGGGCUCCGAAACCAACAAGAAAUACAGUAAUAUUUCAAUCUUGCUCACUGAGCAGAUAAACUUAUACCUAAAGAUGGAGAAGAAGCCAAACAAGAAAGAACAGCUCUCCCUAGUAAACAAUGUUUUGAAACUAUCGACAAAGCUACUGAAGGAGUUAGAUACUCCAUUCAGGCUGUACGGACUGACCAUGAAUCCAUUAAUCUACAACAUCACACGCGUUGUCAUUCUCUCUGCUGUCUCAGGUGUUAUCAGUGAUCUUCUAGGAUUCAACAUCAGAUUAUGGAAAAUUAAACCCUGA